AGCGCGCCCUCUCGCUGGUGCACGCGCUCGCAAUCUCCGCCACCCACCAGCUCCCGCACCAGCAGCCGCGCCGCCGCCGCCGCCCACCUUCUGCCGCCGCCACCACAGCCACUUUCUCCUCUCUUUCCUCUACUGUCCUCGCCCUCUGUCGACUAUAAGGUGGGCCUUGACCCAGGAUGGCUGAGCCCCGCCCGGAGUUCACCGUGACGGAAGAUCAUGCUGGGGCGUACGGGAUGGGGGAGAGGAAGGAUCUCCCCUCUCAGGGGGGCUACACCCUACUGCAAGACCAUGAAGGGGACGCGGACCAUGGCCUGAAAGAAUCUCCCCUGCAGACCCCCGCUGAUGAUGGAUCUGAGGAACCGGGCUCUGAAACCUCUGAUGCUAAGAGCACGCCGACCGCCGAAGACGUGACAGCGCCCUUAGUGGAUGAGGGAGCCCCCGGCGAGCAGGUGGCCGCUCAGCCCCACACGGAGAUCCCAGAAGGAGCCACAGCUGAGGAAGCAGGCAUUGGAGACACCCCCAACCUGGAAGACCAAGCUGCUGGACACGUGACUCAAGAGAUCCAGGCCUCACAGCCCCACGGGCCCAGCGUAAGGCCCUCGGUGGAAGGGCAGGACACGCCCCCCGAGUUCACCUUCCACGUGGAAAUCAAAGCCAACGUGCAGAAGGAACAGGGACAUUCAGAGCUGGAUUUGGAAGGGGCUACCCUCCCAGGGCCCCCUGGAGAGGAGCGAGAGUCCCAGGGCCCUUCUGAGGGAGAGGAUACGAAAAAGACUGACCUUCCAGAACCUUCUGAAAAGCAGCCUGCCACCGUUCUGCCAGGGAAGCCCGUCAGCCGGGUCCCUCAACUCAAAGCUCGCAUGGUCAGUAAAGGCAAAGAUGGGGCUGGACCCGAGGACAAAAAAGCCAAGACAUCCACACCUUCCUCUGCUAAAACCCUGAAAACUAGGCCUUGCCUUAGCCCCCAACGCCCCACUCCUGGUAGCUCAGACCCUUUGAUCAAACCCUCCAGCCCUGCCGUGUGCCCAGAGUCAUCCUCCUCUCCUAAACACGUCUCUUCUGUCACACCCCGAACUGGCAGUUCUGGAGCAAAGGAAAUGAAAGUCAAGGGGGCGGAUGGUAGAAGCGGAACGAAGAUCGCCACACCCCGGGGAGCGGCCCCUCCAGGCCAGAAAGGCCAGGCCAAUGCCACCAGGAUUCCAGCGAAAACCACGCCCUCCCCAAAGACCCCGCCGGGCACGGGUGAAUCUGGGAAAUCUGGGGAUCGCAGUGGCUACAGCAGCCCCGGCUCCCCGGGCACCCCUGGCAGCCGCUCCCGCACCCCGUCCCUGCCAACCCCGCCCACCCGGGAGCCCAAGAAGGUGGCGGUGGUCCGCACCCCACCCAAGUCGCCGUCUUCAGCCAAGAGCCGCCUGCAGACCGCUCCCGUCCCCAUGCCAGACCUGAAGAAUGUCAGAUCCAAGAUCGGCUCCACCGAAAACCUGAAGCACCAGCCAGGAGGCGGGAAGGUGCAGAUAAUUAAUAAGAAGCUGGAUCUUAGCAACGUCCAAUCCAAGUGUGGCUCAAAGGAUAAUAUCAAACACGUGCCAGGAGGAGGCAGUGUGCAAAUAGUGUACAAACCAGUGGACCUGAGCAAGGUGACCUCCAAGUGUGGCUCAUUAGGCAACAUCCAUCAUAAACCAGGGGGUGGCCAGGUGGAAGUAAAAUCUGAGAAGCUGGACUUCAAGGACAGAGUCCAGUCGAAGAUCGGGUCCCUGGACAACAUCACCCAUGUCCCUGGCGGAGGGAAUAAAAAGAUUGAAACCCACAAGCUGACCUUCCGGGAGAAUGCCAAAGCCAAGACCGACCACGGGGCAGAGAUCGUGUACAAGUCGCCUGUGGUGUCCGGGGACACGUCUCCGCGGCACCUCAGCAACGUGUCCUCCACGGGCAGCAUCGACAUGGUAGACUCGCCCCAGCUCGCCACGCUAGCCGACGAAGUGUCCGCCUCCCUGGCCAAGCAGGGUUUGUGAUCAGGCCCCCGGGGCGGUCAAUAAUCGUGGAGAGGAGAGAGUGUGGAAAAAAAAAGAAUACUGAUCUGGCCCUUCGCCCUCUGCCCUCCCCCAGCUGCUCCUCACAGACCGGUUCAUCGGUUAAUCACUUAACCUGCUUUUGUCGCUCGGCUCUGGCUCGGGACUUCAAAAUCAGUGACGGGGCAAAAGAGCAAAUUUCAUCUUUCCAAAUUGAUGGGUGGGCUCAUACCAAUAAAAUAUUUUUAAAAACAUUUAAAAAGAUGGCCACACC